AUGUCUGUCAAGUUGCCACACGUAUCGGUGCAGUACCAGUCUCACCAACACUGCCAGUGUGACUUCUGCAAUAGCCGCCGUAAUCUAAAUGCGAAAAAGAGUGCCCUCAUGACAACUGUGAGUCACUUGAGGGAGCAGCAGGCGCUGCACAACUGCUGUUGCCAAUGCCACGAUUCUCUGUCACAGCGUAAUUAUGACCGGAAGCCGCAGGAGCCUUCCUUUGAAUUGGAUGACCCUGAGCACCACCCGAAUCAAACGGAGCUCAAUGCAAAAAUGGGCCGCAACGGUUUACAACACGGUGGCGAAUACACGAUUCCCCCUGGUGUAAGAGCCGCACAACAGUGUCUGCUAAACGGCAGUAAUGGCAUGGCAAAAACUCGUGAGGAACAAGAAAAGGAUGCGAUGGAUGACCUCGACCGUCUCGAGCGCCUUCUCGUACUUGAGCACAAAUCCCGCGUAAAGGCAGCUGCAGAUGCAGAGAACUUCGAAACUUUGAAGAGAACUGGAAAGGGGCCACGCCCGAUACCAUUCGAUGCACCGGAAGAACAGGUGCGUGUGAAGAGUGCUACACCACCGCAGGGCACCAUUGUGAUGCCGGGUACGGUCCGUGAAGCGUACGAUGCUGCCCACCGCUGUUCCGUCACACCCCCUCCACAUUGCGAAGAUUCGCACCGCCUGCAGCACGUCAUUGAAAAAGUUCGUACGGUUGCUCGCGACCCCGCCAAUCGGGAUAACGCGGCGGCGCUAGGCGCUGUUCUGCAUCGGCAGUGUGGAGCAGGCACUCCUCCAGUUUCUCGCGAAGGCGUUGCAACACCCCCGAUUGAAGGGAUGAAGACUAUCGGAACUUUGAAUACGUAUGGUCCCCGUCCUGAAGGCGCUGGUGUGGUUUGGUGCCGUGGCCUGAAUGCCGUGGUUGACGACGGCAUUGGCACCUCAGCUGCGUUGGGCAACACGGACAACCGUGACCUAUGGAAAGCAACACUCCUGAAGAAUCAACCAACCACAACUAAUUAG